AUGUAUUGUGCAUGGAACAUCAUCAAGGAUGAUGCAGUUGCCAUUAAACUUGAACCCAUCAGCAACUCAUCUUCUGUGCAGCAUGAAUACAAAAUUUUGAAACACCUCGAAGGUGGUGUUGGUAUUCCCCAUGUCCUUUGGUUUGGAGACCAGCUGCUCUCACGUCUUGAAUAUAUUCAUGGUGAUCUAAAACCGCAGAAUGUUGUAGUGGGGCUUGGUGAUUUGAGGGACACUGCCUUCAUUAUCGAUUUUGGCAUUGCAAAGGAAUUCUGGAAUACAUCAACCAGUGUUCAUAUUCCAUUUCACCAAGAUCAACGUGUCACUGGCACUCCUACUUUUGCAUUGAUCAACAACCACCUGGGAGUCGAACUGGGUCAUCAUGAUGACCUUGAGUCACUUACAUACAUGUUAAUCUACUUUUUGCAAGGCUCUCUUCCGUGGUUAACCAGCAAUGAAGAGAAACUCUCCAGCUCUUUGAUACUUGAGUGCAAGGUGAACACUACCAUUGAAAAUUUAUGUUGUGGAAUUCCUGUCGAGUUCGCAACAAUCCUCAUUUACACAUGCUCUCUCAUGCUCUCAGAGGAUCCUGAUUAUAACCACCUUCGUUCAUUACUUCAUAUGCUCAGUUCUACAUCACCUGUACCAGCUUGCAUGCUUGCUGGAUUUCAACCAGCAUGA